AUGGGACUCAGCUGCUUCAAGUCCUGGAAACAUGACAGUAUAGGCCACAAAGGGGGUAACAGAGAUGUGUUGGCCAGCCCGGGCUCGUAUUUCUUCCUGUCUAACAGCGCCGGUCAGGGUGACGAGUGGUUGAAGAGCCUCAACAAGGGAGUCUGGAUCCCUUUCACAGGGGUCUUUGGUCAGCGUCUGGAGGAGACAGUGCUCUAUGAGCGACGUUAUGGGCUGCGUUUGGUUCCUCUGGUGGUGGAGCAGUGUGUGACCUUCAUCCAGGAGCGUGGCCUGCAUGAAGUGGGCUUGUUUCGCCAGCCGGGACAGGCCAGUCUGGUGAAAGAGCUGCAGGAGGCUUUCGAUUCAGGGGAGAGACCGUCCUUCGACAGUAGCACAGAUGUCCACACGGUGGCAUCACUAUUGAAGCUCUACCUCAGACAGCUGCCGGAGCCUCUGGUUCCUUACAGCCGCUACCAGGACUUCCUGCUGUGCGGACAGAAGCUGACGAGUGACCGCACACAGGGUUUGGGGGAGUUGAGGAAUCUUCUUCACGGGUUGCCAGUUGCAAACUUCAACCUACUCAAUUUUAUCUGCCAGUUUCUUCAUGAGGUCCAGAGUUACUCUGGCAGUAACAAGAUGAGCGACCAAAACUUGGCCACUGUGUUUGGGCCAAACAUCCUCCGAGCCAAAGCCGAAGACCCACAAAGCAUCAUGGGAGGAUUGGUCUAUGUGCUGAUGUUGGAGCUGAUCAGAGAGCAUGAGUCUCUGUUUGCCAAAGUCGCCCCACCUAUCUCCACCCGUCCACUUGGAGGUUCGCAUGCAUCACCAAGCGCUCUGGGGCAGCCUCAUCUUCACCCGUCGCCCUGCCUUCGCCAGCUGUCUAUGCCUCUCAUCGCAGAGUGCUCCAGAGAGCCGGGACAGUCGGCCACAGACGGACAGAACCCCAGCUGUAUCUACUUUGCUGCUGCCAAAUCAGACUCCCCCUGUGGCCAGAAGAGAGUUCUUGGCCAUCGCUACACCUCCUCCCACCCAGAGAACUGCUUCUCCCCCGUGCCCUCCUCCAGUCAGCCCCCUCAGCACCACUCUGACAGACACAACACAGAUUAUUACCAGCAUCAUGCUGGCCAAGGACCAUCUCCUGCAACCGUUCAAGCCUCCACAACCAGUGUCCAGCCACAAGACAAACUGCCAGACAGCUCUAAGCCCAGACUGAUGCUCAUGGGCUGGGCAAAGGCGUGGCCAGACCCGGGAGAGGCAGACGCUGCUGGUUUCUGGAGCUCUGGUGCUGCAGAGGAAGAGGGUGCAGUGCAAGAGACAGCUAGUGGGGGGAGUAGUGAGGCUCGGGAGGACAGUACCCCUUCUGCCUAUGACAACCUGGACAGAGUGUCUUUACAUCAGAGGAUGGUGGAUGUCACUGGUGAACGUUUUGAUACCGGCAAACCAGGAGGACGUAUUCGAACUGGUGAAGAGGAGGCAGAGUUGGCGAAGGCUGGGCAGACAAGGGACUCCUCCUCUUCAUGGUCUUCCUGUGAGGUUCUACCAUUGGAUGAAAGCAGUGAUGCUGUGGAGCUGGUUAGUCCUGACAUGUCACCAAAGAAGCCUCAAACGUUACCUUCACCGCUGGUAGCAGAAGAGGAAAACAGUGAUAAUAACGAUCAUGAAGACAACAACGACAAUGAUUAUGACAAAGACAAUGACGAUGAUGAUGAAGAUGAUAAUGAUGGCGUCCACCACCCUAACUCCCCAGCCUCUUGUUCUGUACUCAGCGACAGCCUUCUCAGUACAGGCAGUUCAGACGUGUUCCUUCCCUCUGGCCCUCCAGACUUCCAGGGACCUGAACCUCAGUCACACGCCUGGGAGGCUCACUCACUCAUGGCCAAGUUACAGCAGCAGAUGGCCCAGCAGAGGGCUCAGUACCAGGCCAUGAUACAAAGGUUGGAGCGCUGCAAUGACGUCCUUGAGCGACAGGUUGCGGUACUCCGGGUCAGCCUGGAGCAGCAGAAGCGCAGCCAAAGCGUUGCCGAGGUAAAGAUCCGCAACAUGGAGCGAGCCAAAGCCGACGCUGACCGCCGAAACACCACGCUGCAGAGAGAGAUGGAACUGUUCUUCCAGAUGUAUGGAGAGAUCAGAAGAAGAAGAGGAGGAGGCCUGAGGUGA